CGCUAGCACGUCAGUCGGCCUCAUCCUCUGCACUGCAGUCAUUGAGCGAGCUCUGCUCGGCCCUCUCCUAUGCGCAUGUUGCCUUGCUUCUUCCCUUGAUGCUCGCCGUCGCUAGUACUGGACGUUCCCUCUCUCUUGUCGCGUCCUGGUAGCCACUGGUCCGGCUGUCUUUUCCCUCGGCGUCCAGAUCCAAUCCCAACUCCAAGCGUUGUCCAUGGAGCUGCUCGCCGAUCACCGCCCACAAUCGUGCCCCUUUACUGUGCUCGCCCAUGUCGCCGCCGUCGCCCAGCUCGAUGCCUUCCCUGCUCGCCAGCACUUGUUCAGUCGUCUCAGCUCGCCGGUGUCGUGUUCUAGUCAGCAUCAUGCUCUGCGCGAUGCGCUCCAAUGUCAUUUGUCGCGUUUUGCGCGUUCUCUUCUCCGCAGGUUCCAUGGAGCUCGCGCCGUGAUCUCUCAGCUUGCCAGCUGUACUCGUCUUCCUCGCCAGCGUGACCUCUCGGCUUGCUCGGCCUCAAUCUCCAUCGCGCCGCGGCAACUUCCCGUUUAUCUGGUGCCGCACACGCUGCUGGUCCUUGCAAGUCCACCUUGGUUCGGCCAGUGAUACCUGUGUCGGCUCUCUAAUGCUUGCGCGUGUUUGUCCACGUCGCCAGUAGCUCGGUCUCUACGUAUGUCUCUCUCAGCAUCUCGACAUCGGAACUCCAUCCUGUCUGUAUGUGUGUGGAAGAACGAGAUCGAUGGAGAAGAAAGGAGUUAAAGGAAGAAGGAAGCAACGCCCAAUGCAACGCUCGCUGCGUGUUCGGUAGAAUUCCUGAGCCAAGAGUCGUCGCCGUUUGCGUGAAUGUCAAGUUUAUGUUGGUCGCAGUGCACGCGGUGGUGUUCAUUAAGGAAGAAUGUGAAGCCCUGCGGUGUUCGAUGGACUAUUCAAACCGAAGAGCGUGGACGAUUUCGCGAAGUUAAAUCGAAUUGGUCAUGGUAAGCCGAUUUAAAUUUCUGUUAGCUUAAUUAUUGAAUUAGUACGAUGAAAUAUAUGUGAAGCAUAUAUUUUCAUGAUUUUGAAGCAGUCGCGUCGCGGUAGGAUUAAAUAUAUGUGAAGUACGAUAGAGUUAGUAAUGUGAAAGAUAGAUUAAUUUAGGUAAUAUUCGGGCGAGCUGAUGACAAAAGAAAUAAGUUUAGUAUUUUAUCCAGCUAGUCGAUAGGAUCUGUCGAUAUUGUUGUGUCAAUUUAGUAUAAUUAAGAAAAUCGAUGCCUUGCUAGU